AUGGCAAAGGAGAAAAUGGAUGCGCGCGCCGAUGUCGGUGGUAAGAAAGAUGAGAUUGGGAAGAUGCUGGAUUGGUUUUGCCUAUGGUGGUAUGAUAAAUCCACUAAGGGAGGUCAGCGGUCACGACAUAUAGACUAUCUGGUCUCGCGAGGAAUGCUAGCCGUGCAGAAGCUGACCAGCGCACCAAUGCCAAUAGUGAGAGCGAUGGUUGUAACAUCAGAUUCAGAAUAUAAGGGUAAAAAGUCUAUAUUGUUUGGAUUGAAUGAGUCGGAUUUUUGUGAGGAAAGAGGAGGAGAUGAAGGAGGGUCCAUUAAAAGGCAACCUGCGGAGGACAAUUCUGAUGAUGAAUGUCUUGGGCAUUGUAAUUUCGGCUGGCCAUGGGCUAUCGGGAAUGAUAAUACGGGAUGGAGAUGGGAUGUUGAUCUCCCUGUUAACGAUGAGCUGAGGAAUCGAGGCUACGUCUUCUGGUACAAAGCACGACUACUAAAUGUAACGAGUUCCAGUCUCCUCGUGACCCAGUGA